AUGGUUGUGAUGAUGGUUUUCAUGCAGGAUGUGAAGAAUUGAAGACUGUUGCAGAAAGCAUUAAGCCAAAAGUCAAUAUUUUUGGACAUAUUCAUGAAGCGUACGGGGUGUAUAGCAAUGACUUCACAAUUCAUAAAUGAGUCUACCUGUGAAUUAAGAUAUAGACCGACAAGCCUCCAAUUAUUUUUGACUUGCCUAGGUAAUCUUAAUAUUUAUAAAUGGAACUUUUUAAUUAUUUUUAUUGUGCUUUAA